AUGGACCCACACCCAGGAGUUCCAUCAAGGUCGUGGACCCACACCCAGGAGGCCAAUCAAGGUUGUGGACCUACACCCAGGACCCUCAUCAAGGCCCAUGGACCCACACCCAGGAGUCCCAUCAAGGUCAUGGACCCACACCCAGGAGGCCAAUCAAGGUCAAGGCCAUGGACCCACACCCAGGACCCUCAUAAAGGCCCAUGGACCCACACCCAGGAGUUCCAUCAAGGUCGUGGACCCACACCCAGGAGGCCAAUCAAGGUUGUGGACCUACACCCAGGACCCUCAUCAAGGCCCAUGGACCCACACCCAGGAGUCCCAUCAAGGUCAUGGACCCACACCCAGGAGGCCAAUCAAGGUUGUGGACCCACACCCAGGACCCUCAUCAAGGCCCAUAGACCCACACCCAGGACCCUCAUCAAGGCCAUGGACCCACACCCAGUACCCUCAUCAAGGCCGUGGACCCACACCCAGGACCCUCAUCAAGGCCGUGGACCCACACCCAGGACCCUCAUCAAGGCCCAUGGACCCACACCCAGGACUCCCAUCAAGGCCGUGGACCCACACCCAGGACUCCCAUCAAGGUUGUGGACCCACACCCAGGACCCUCAUCAAGGCCGUGGACCCACACCCAGGACUCCCAUCAAGGUUGUGGACCCACACCCAGGACCCUCAUCAAGGCCCAUGGACCCACACCCAGGAGGCCAAUCAAGGUUGUGGACCUACACCCAGGAGGCCCCUCAAGGCCAUGGGCCCACACCCAGGAGUCCCAUCAAGGUCAUGUACUUAUACCCAGGAGUCCCAUCAAGAUCCUGGGCCCACACCCAGGAGUUCCAUCAAGGCCAUGUACCCAUAUCCAUGAUUUUUAUCCCAUUUGGACUUUUCGCCAUUACAGUAGGGACCCAGAAGUUGUGUGGAUGA